AUGAAAGAGGUCAUCAAUUUGGCAGGGCCGACUGUGAAGUUCGUGGAUAGUCCAAUCCCUGAGCCGAACGAUGACCAAGUGCUCAUCAAAGUGGUCGUGUCUGGGUCUAAUCCAAAGGACUGGAAAGUUCCAGAUAUUGCAGCUUCUGGGGAUAGCAAUUUCGAGAUGAUGCGUAAGGCGAAGAAGGGGCUGAACCAGGGAGAUGAUAUUGCUGGAGUAGUUGAGAAAGUUGGAUCCAACGUGGUUGAAUUCAAACCGGGUGAUCGCGUUGCAGCCUUUCACGAAAUGUGUGCACCUGGUGGCUCUUAUGCAGAGUACGCAAUUGCAUGGAGUCAUACAACUUUCCAUUUACCAAACCACACUUCAUUCGAAGAAGCCGCCACAAUCCCUCUCGCUGCCUUGACUGCUGCUGUUUCCUUAUACGCGCACCAUCGCUUCCCCCCCCCAUGGGCACCUGCAGCGGAACCUACCCCAUUCAUCGUUUAUGGUGCAAGCACGGCAGUCGGCUCUUUCGCUAUUAAACUGGCAUGCAACAGCAAUAUCCACCCUAUCAUCGCUAUUGCAGGGAAAGGGUCGCAGUAUGUUGGGGCCUUGCUCGAUCCAACCAAAGGAGAUGUCGUGAUCGACUAUCGCGAAGGUGUAGAGACGACGGUCAAGAAGAUCAGAGCCAGUCUUGAACGAGCCGGCCACACUAAUGUGGAGCAUGCACUCGAUGCUGUUAUCAUUCCGCAAAGCGCAGAGGUCUUAAAGCAAUCGGUCACUCCGGGUGGACAGAUUGAUUUCACGCUGCCUAACGACCUAGACGUCUCACCUGCGAACAAAUCGAUCACUUCGGUGGGGUCAGUGCACAAACAACCUGAGUUUGAGAACAGCGAGGAACUGGGUUUCAUUUUCUCCCGGUAUUUUACAAGAGCGUUGAACAAUUGCAGUUUCUCGGGUCAUCCUUUCGAAGUUAGGCCGCGCGGCCUGGAAGGUGUUGAAGAUGCGUUAAGAGAUUUGAAAGCCGGAAAAGCAAGCGCAACGAAGUAUAUUUUCCGCAUUGCGGAUACGCCAGGGAUUGUUUAA